AUGCACUUUGCCAAAAAGCACAGAAGGGACCUGACAAAGAUGUUGGCAAAUGACAUGAAGGUUUUGAGUGCAUGUGCUGAGGCUACCAAUGCCCUCAUCAAGCCCAAAGAAGUCAAGUCCAAGAUUCCAAAGUGCAGCUGCUGCAAACUCAAUCAUCUUGCCUACAUCCCUAAUCCCAAUCUCAAGAAACAUACUCAUGCCCACAUUGACAAAGAUCUCAUGAUCUUCUGGCCAAAGGCCAAGACCGAGCUUCAAACCAAGGUCCUGCCUGCAACUGUGACUCUGGCUCCAGUUCCUUCUGUGGCUCAGGCUCUCAAAGGUGCCUAG